AAUUUUGAGAAAUUGAAAUUACUAAUUGGUAAGAAAAAAUAAUGAUGUGAGAAAAUUAAAGUCGCUCAUGGCUAUAAAAUGAGAAGAGGUUCAAAUAUAUCACCAUUUCUUCCCCGUUCUUUCAAAGCUAACCCGAAAACUUACAAAAUGAGCGACAACAAUGAAGACCCAUGGCUAGCCCCAGAUAAGCUAUACCAUGUCCUUUUUUGUCUCUCUCUAACCCUCCUUUUCUCCAAGCUAGCCUCCCUCACCCGCUAUCCAUUUCUCAAGCGCCACUCUAUUCGGGUCGGUGCUAUUCUCUCCCUCUUCGCCGGCGCCGCCAAGGAGGCAGCCGACCAAAUUGGCCUCUUUCCCUCCGCUGGAGCCUCUGCAAAGGACGCUGUAGCCGAUAUCAUUGGCGUAUUGAUUGCUGCGGCAGCUCUCUCCAUCCUUAAAAGUAAACACUCCGAUGGAUCCGAUUCGGGGUCGGGUCAGACCCGGAGGGUUUUGCCCAUUUGAUGGCCAAAUGCGGCUGAAUUGUUUAUGGGGUUUUUUCUUUGGGUAGAAAAUUGGUUUUGUUGGGUUAGAUUUGGAAGGGGGAAAGGAAAGUAUGUUUGGUUGCUGAGAAAGUGAAGAAAAAGAAAGCAAAGAUUUGGGUUUUGAAUUAUUAUUUGUUUUAGGGAGAAGACAAGAGGAUUGCUUGAGCAUUAGGGUGGAGUUCCAUGAUGCAGUAAAUCUAAGUGCUUUGGAGGCAAAAUUUUCUAUCCCUAGCAGUGUGCCACUUCUUUCAGUUCUGUUCAUGGGAGCUUCAAGGAGCAUUGUUUUGUUGUUGAUAAGUAUUUUUAGAUAAGAAGUCUCUUGGGGUAUAAAGAUUAAAAACCAAUAUUCAAGAAAUUGUGUCAUUAGAAGUUAAGGAGGCAGAAGGUGGUUUUAGUAAGGAAGAGAGGAAAAGGAGUUGUUUUAGAAAGCACCUUCCUAACGUUUUCUGUUGGAAGACACUAUUUGGAGGCCUAAGGAGGGUGGUAGAGAUAUAACAAAGAAGAGUGGCUAGGUAGCGAUAUGAUAUGGGCAUUGGAUAACUGGUAUGGAAAAGGAAAAUCAGAAAGGAGAGAAAAUGGAAUGACUUGUCUGGAAGCUCUCAAGUUGUGUUUCUUAGCCCAUUUUAUUACAGAAUUUGUUGUCAUACUUGUAGGCAAAGGGCAAACUCUUUCUUUUUGUCUAGGUUAAAUAAUGGCAAUAACCCUCCCUCUCAUUUAACCUCUCCAUCUCAAGUGUGCGCCCAAUUUAGUCUCAUGUAUUUCAAGACAACGUUAUAUCACUUCCAUCUGAGAUAGCUAGCACCGCAAAGUAAUUUCUUCAUAUACAUUGGUAAAAGCCAACAUAUUCACAUUUCAUCUUAAUUUUUUGUUAGACCCACUAGAAUGCAAUGUGCAGUAGCUUCAUCUCGUUUUCUUCAUCUGCACUUCAUCUAACAGCAUUUUGGGAUUAUUUGUGCAGGUUUGUUGAUCAUGUUGAAUAAUCACCUCCCGAAGCUCCUUGUAGCUGAUGUUUUUUCAUUAGUAUCACCAUCUUCCUCAGGCAGCUUGACAGCAGAGUAAGUUCCUGCUCCACACAAUGCCCCGAGGAUCGGGGCAGUGAGGUAAACCCAUAUGGCUUUAUAGUUAUUUGCAGCUAUGGCUGGCCCUAAUGUUCUGACUGGGUUCAUUGAUGCCCCUGUUGUUUCCCUGCACGAGUAAAAGAAGACAGUCCAAUAUGCUAAUGAUGUUUAGAUGUUUUGAUUUAUGUAGUAUUUUUGCCUUUGGCAUAAAAUUUAAAUGAAUAAAAGAAAUGCUCCAUUUACUAUUAACCACUUUAUGCACAGGAAAACAGAGAAUCUUUUUUCUUUUGCUAUCUUUAUAUUUUUAAUAUUUUAUUUGACACAAACUGUCAUAAACAUGGAGAAGAAUGGCCUGAAUCAUAGAUCAUUUUCAAUUUUGACAAAUGGGAACGAUCUUCAGAGGUUCUGAACCACAAAAAAUUAUGCUAAUUGUCAUGUCUCUCGCAUCAGCUUACAUGGAAGGGUUUGUCUAUACCUGAACUGGAAUAGUUUUUGACUCAAUAGCUUUCUUGGAUUCGUUCUAUUUCAUAAAUCUUCAAGUUGUUGCCUAACUACAGUGCUUAAAUAUUCAUCUUUGCAGUGUUUUGACCUCACUGCUUUUUUCUCACUGUUAGUUUUUGGACUCCCCCAAUUCCCAAAUCAGAUCAAUAGUACAAAAAUAACUGAAGAGUUUAGUAGAGACAUACCCGGCUAUGAGUAUGUUGAGCAUGACGGUAGCCCCUACCGCGAUUCCCGCCAGCUCCCCCACCUGCACAUGGCCAUAAAUCUUGUCACCCCUGCCAAGCUCAUCAAUUUAUGUAUCUAUUUCAAUGUGUUGUGUGCAAUUGUGAUUAUAUAAAACCUUGGGGAAGUGGGGUUGCUAUUCUUCCUGUGAACUAAUAUGGAUAGGAUAUUUUAUGUAUGCUUGAUCCAUCCCACAUUACCAUUGUAUUAGUGCUGUGCUUUUUGUAUGAUAUACAAUAUUUGACAGGAAAGAGAGAACAAUUUAAGAUA